AUGAAGUUGAUAAGCUGGUCAUGGCUGUUUGUCUCGCUGGCACGAGAAAGGCUACAUGAAGUAGUACAUACAGAGAUCAAACCUUCUGGGAGAAUUGAUGAUAUGUGCAAGAACACUUGUUCGCCGACGUACGGUGAUGGUAAAUGUGCGGCGGAUUGUAGGAAGGCUGGGUUCACAUCUGGGAGAUGUGCUACUUCUUUCGGAAACAAAUGUUGUUGCACCAAGUGAUAGAAACAAGUCUUGU